AUGCUAUCGUGGCUCAAAGCUUGCUCGCGAGGUUUACGACCACACCCCAGGGUUAACUCGGGCACACGGACCGGCAGUCCCUUCCCUGCUGCCACUCACACCUGUGGCACCCUGACGCAGCGCAGAAAUCCGCCCGGGGCAGGUGGCCAGGGCCGAGCGGCGGGGGAGGCUCCAGCGCCGGGGCCGCCCCCCGGCUCCGCAGCAUCCUCAGGUGCAAACACCCUGACUGCAGAUGACCAUGGACCUGUAGCUGACCAAACACAGUUGGAGCCAGCAGAGCAUGUGAGCCUUGCUUCUGAGGAGACCAACCCAGGCGAGCAGCUGCCGGGAGAGGAGAUUUCAGCCACGAUCCGGAACGUGGAGGGGAAGACAGAGUCGGUCAGUAAAAGGGAGGAGCCGGAGGGCACCGAGCCCCUGCCUGCAGCAGAGGAGGAGAGCUCCGAGCUGCUCUCUGUGUGGCGAGAGGAGAGCAGGGGGCCUUCACCGCCAGCGCCAGGAGAAGAUGCUGGGGCACCAUCUCCAGACCCAGCAGAGGACAGUGGGCUGGUAGAGGGCAGUGACAGCUCUGUAGUGGAAGUCAUCGAGAAAGUACAUAUUACUGAAGACGACCACCUCAUUGAGGGUGAGACGGGAGAACGGGUGGAAACUGAGCUGCUCAGUGAGACAGUAAGUGAAGGGCCUGAAACAAAAGAAGAAGAAACAGGAGAAGCUGUGGAUAGUGCAGCAGCGACAGAGAUAGGCAUACAGCUGCUUUCUGCAUUUUUACACAAGAGGGUCAAAGAUACUUUACAGUAAAAGACAUUUUUGGAAGCAAUCAAUUGGAAGUCAUGCUUUUUACAUGGGUCAUCUUUAUAGAAUACGCAAGCCUUAUGAGUGAUAACUUUUCCCUCUUUGGGAAAAAUGAUAGACUGUAACAUGCAGUCUUGGAAAAUAAAAAAACCUUUGUUAAAGUCA